UCCUCUUCUUCCCCUCGCCCCUCCCCUCCCCUCCCCUCCCCUCCCCUCUAUCUGGAUAGGGUUUCGCAUUCCCUCUGCGGCUUUCUUUUACUCUCUCUCUCCACUUGGAUGGACCAUUAUUCCGACGGAUUUUCCUUUCAGGUGCCUGCUUUAGGGUUUCACCAUCGGAGCUUCUCUGUGCGCAAUGUCUCUGCAACUUUAUGCAACAGCGAUUGUUCUGGUUUCUUGGUUCUUUUUAUGAAAAUAAGGUUCGAAGAAAUCCAUUGUUUUGGUUCUUUUUGUGAAAAGAGGAGCUGAAGAAAGCCAUUGAUUUUUCGCUCUAUCAGACUCUUCUCUCUGGUUAUUGAAAAAUCUUGGUAGAAGAAGAAUAAGAAGUAAAGAAAGUGGAGACGAUGAAUUGCGGAUGCGGGCAGGAGGGUGAGGUUUGCUCUGGCCAGGCUGAGCCACCAGACCCUGAUGUUCUUGAACUGGAUCCCACCCGCCGAUAUGUUCGGUUCAAAGAUGUAUUGGGCAGAGGGGCAUUCAAGACAGUUUACAAGGCAUUCGACGAAUUCGAUGGAAUAGAAGUAGCAUGGAACCAAGUGAAGAUUGACGAAGUGUUGCAGUCCCCCGAGGACUUAGAAAGGCUUUACUCGGAAGUGCAUCUUUUGAAGUCAUUGAAACAUGAAAACAUAAUCAAAUUCUACAAUUCUUGGAUCGAUGAUCAAAACAAGACAGUGAAUAUUAUCACUGAGCUGUUCACUUCAGGAAGCCUGCGCCAAUAUCGGAAGAAGCAUAGGAAGAUAGACAUGAAGGCUGUCAAGAGUUGGGCGAGACAGAUUUUGCAAGGCUUAGUUUAUCUUCAUAGCCAUAACCCGCCCAUAAUACAUAGGGACCUCAAGUGCGAUAACAUAUUUAUCAAUGGAAACCAUGGCGAAGUGAAGAUUGGGGAUCUUGGGUUGGCUACAGUUAUGCAGCAGGCCAAUGCUCAUAGUGUUAUUGGCACUCCUGAGUUUAUGGCGCCUGAGCUCUAUGAGGAGGAUUACAAUGAGCUGGCUGAUAUUUAUUCAUUUGGCAUGUGCUUGCUUGAAAUGGUCACAUUCGACUAUCCGUACAGCGAAUGUUGGAAUUCUGCCCAAAUUUAUAAGAAGGUUUCAUCUGGGAUAAUGCCAGCUUCUCUUAACAAAGUAAAGGACCCCGACAUGAAGUGCUUCAUAGAGAAAUGCCUCGUUCCAGCGGCUAAAAGAUUGCCAGCUAAGGAACUUUUGAAGGAUCCUUUUCUUAAAUUGGAUGGUCUUCGAGAGUCUUUUGGGCAUGAUUCCCUUCCCUUACCCGAUAUUAUAUUCCCCAAAACCGGUGCAUUUGGAGACCGGUGUGUCUUAUCAGAGGAUACCACUAAUGUACAUCCAGUGGGCACCACCAUGGACAUAGAUGAUGAUGAAGAUGAGGAGUAUGGGCUCCCCAUAGUCACCAUAGUUGAGAAUGGCAUAGUUGAUGGCCCUCCAUCUCCGAGCCUGGAGGUGCAAAUGUCAAGGAAAGACCAUGACUUCAGGCUAAAGGGGGAGAGAAAUGACCAGAAUACCAUAUCACUGAUAUUGCGGAUAGCUGACCUAAGCGAGCCAAAAAUACUGCUUCUGCUUGGGAAGUCAGCAGGAAAAGGUCGAGUAAGGAACAUCCACUUUCUGUUUUACCUCGACAGUGAUACAGCACUCUCAGUCGCAAGUGAAAUGGUUGAGCAACUUGAACUCUCUGAUCAGAAUGUAACCCUCAUAGCUGAGUUGAUUGAUUUGUUAGUAUUCAAUCUUGUGCCCAACUGGAAACCUUGCAUGCCAAUCGACAAAUUGGUCACUUUAGAUGGGAUUAAAAUUUCUCAAAGCCCACCAAGCAAAAGCUCUGAAUUGCUUGAAAAUCCCAAUCACUUCACUGGAGAUUCAAUUAAAACCAGCUGCUCCAUCCAAAACAUGAUACAAACCGUCGACAUUUUGAGCCCUCCACCUGUCUGUUACGCAAGCUUGGAAGAAGGCUCUGUUAAGCCUACAUGUGAAUCUCAAAAUAUGGUUAGUAUAGAAGAGAGGACGUCCAAUAUUAAGCCUACAUGUGAAUCUCAAAAUAUGGUUAGUAUAGAAGAGAGGACGUCCGAUGUUAAGCCUACAUGUGAAUCUCAAAGUAUGGUUGGUAUAGAAGAGAGGACGUCCGAUGUUUCAUUUGUUUCUGCAGUUUCCACCGAAGAGGGCGAGAAGAAGUUAUCCAUCACAUGUAUCUGUUUAGAUUCGGGUUGUGAAGCAUUUAGUCACCAUGAUAUGACACAAAAGAGAGAAUCAAACCAUGAUAUGACACAAAAGAGAGAACCAAGUAAGAGAAACGAUGUUCGCGGGGUAUCUAGGGAGAAUACCAAUGGUGAAAAAGAAGCCUCCACUAACUCAAUGACAUCCAAUGAUUUGUCAACAUCAUUUAGCAUGCUGAGCAAUGCUUCCUCUGUGGUUUCUGCUGGUUUGAAUGAGGACAAGGAGUUGAGAGCAGAGUUGGAGAUGAUAAACUUGGAGUUCCAUCGUGUUAUCGAGGAGCUCUUGAGUAAGAAGCAUCAAGCAAUAGAGGCAGCGAAGAAGAGGUUGAAUCAAAAGAAGAUUUCAGCUCACUAACCAUUCACUUAUUUGAUUAUUAACUCAGUGUGCAUUUGAAGAGGCCAGAUAUGGGUUAUUUACUGGAAGAGAAGACUCAAAAUUACUAAUCAAAAUUCAUUGUCUAUAAAUCACUCUUAACAUGGAUCAUAUUCUAUUGCAUUCUCCUCCCAUUCUGUUAAAUGCAAUUAAUUGGUGAUUAUUAGCUCAAUUGGCAUUUGAAGAGGCCAGAUUGGGUUACUUUACUGGAAGAGAAGUCUCAAAUGUACUCAUCAAAAUUCAGUGUCUAUAAAUCAUUCUUAACAUGGAUCAUCUUCUACUGCAUUCUCCUCCCUUCCUGUUAAAUGCAAUUAAUUGGUGAUUAUUAACUCAAUUUGCAUUUGAAGAGGCCAGAUAUGGGUUGCUUUACUGGAAGAGAAGUCUCAAAUGUACUCUUAUCAAAAUUCAUUGUCUAUAAAUCACUCUUAGCAUGGAUCAUCUUCUACUGCA